UCGUUCUGCUUCACAGGGAAGCAAAGAAGAUGUUUUAUAUGCAUUUGUAGACAGUUCAUGAAAACCUUAUGGCCUUUUUGAUAACGUGCAAUUCCGCAGAAAUAGCUUAUAUAUAUGUGAGAUUGAAUUCAUUCUAUAACUGUGAUGACACUUGGACCUGAAACAAAAACAGACCUCGAUGUGAAAUGUUUGAGGAGGAGAUGGUGGAGCAGGGAAAGGUGGAGUUUCUGAUAGGAAGAAUGUGGUGCCAUUCUGUGGAGGAGGAGGCAACCAACUCGGUGCCAGCGGCAUUUUGGCUAAACUCUGAAGCGUUUCCAGGGGAACGACAGCUUGUGAAGUCGACUAAACUCACUGGAAUCCUCAGAAAUAAAGGAAACUGGCUCCGAAUAGAUAGAAGUCAACUGGUGAAGGAUCACAUGACCUCAUCUGAGUGUCACAGGCGGUGCUGCAGCCUUGGUAACCGGAUCAGUUUGAAGCAGCGCCGGAUCCCAAGUUCUGUCUGAGAGAGAAUGCUGGCGCUGGCUAAGACUUUUUAUGCCACUUCAGAAGCAGGAUGGCUGGAUGGUGGAUUUGUGGUUGCAUGAUCGCAGGAGAAGAGCAGGAAAACUGACUCCAGCCUGCAACACUCCCAGUGUCUGGAUCAGAAACAGCUGAUGGAGGAGGAAGUCAGAACCAUGACUUGGGAGAAGGACCGAGUGGAGCUGGUGUGGAGAGAGCGGCUGCUGCGCUGUCAGAGGCAGCUGAAGGCAAAAGAGGAGGAGAUGAGCCGCCAGUCCCAGUACUUCGAGGGCUUUAAGAGCCAACUUCAGCACAAGCUCACUGUGAGCCGAGACAGGGAGGAGAACCUUCAGAACCGCAUUUACACUCUGGAAAAGCAGCUUCUUGAACUGACUGUGAGUGCUGCUACUGGCGUCGCCGCCAUAAGUCAGGUCCGGAUAGCAUCUGAAACUCCGGUCCAGGUGGACGAGCUUCUGUUCUUGAGAGGAGAAGGUGAAGGAGAGGAGGAGAAUCGGGAGGAGAGGAGGAAGAUUGUCCAUCACCAAGGGACUGAGCAAAAAGAAGAACCAGCAGCAGAUGGAUAUGCAAAGGAAAGCCAGCUCCGGAAAUGCCUGUUGAAUCUGAAAGCGGAUCUCAAUGUGCUUCUGGAAAGAGAGGAGAGUGGGAUGAUGAUGAGGAGGAAGAUGGUGGAAGAGCUGCAGGAAGCUCAGGAGAACAGUCACUUCCUGAGCUGCAAGGUGGAAGAGAUGGAGGCUGAGAUCCUCCAGCUGAAGUUGGCUGAACGCUCCCUGCUGCAGGAGGUGGACGAGCUGAGGGAGGAAAAUUACAGACUCAAGGAGAAGCAGAGCGGAGUGACUAACCAAACAAGCGAUCAAUCCGCUGCAAUCCCUGAAUCAACAGGCCCAUAUCCCAGCUCCCUCAGCGGCAGCACUGCUGUUUGCUCGGUUCCCUCCACCACAAAUCGUCCUCAUCCCUCUGCUGGCAGUGAUGGAGAAUUUGUCUUGGAUAUCAAAGAUGUCAAGUCAAGUGCAGUUUCCCACUUUGGCCACCAAGGGGCGGUGAUGAGCACCUUCAGUUUGGCAGUGGAAACAGUCGAUGAUUUGAAAUUCGGGAGCUGGUGCUCCAGCGGAGCGCUGAACUUGGAGGAAGCCCCCAGUGAGGAAUCUGAUGCCUUGAGGGAAGCAUACCGAAGCUUGGGGUUCGGCGAGGAUCUUCAGGCUCUUCAGGAGCAGUGCGAUUGCCUGGAGGCCGCCUUGCAGCAAGCACAGGUGCAGCUCCAGGUUCUGUCUCAGGAGAACACUCAACUGAAGGAGCAGCUUGGAAAACAAACAGAUGGUGAACCCGCAAUCGCAGAGGAAGGAGAAGAGCCAAGCAGUCUAGUCAAAGCUCUGAAUGAAGAGAACCGAGCCUUGGCUGCCAGAAUCCAGGAGCUUGUGGCCCACAGUGAGCUUGAUGAUGAAGUGCGGAGACGAGAUGAGUCCCAGAUGAAGGAGCGUGUAUCCACCCUGGAGGAAGAGCGAGUCAGGCUGGAGCUGGAGGUCCAAGAACAAGCCUGUUUGAUCACAGAGCUCACUAAGAAGACUGAAGAUGACCUCAAUAGCAUCAUGGAGUUGCAGCAGAAGCUACACCAGUGUGAGAAACGUGUGCAGGAGACAGCAGGAAUUCGAGAGUUGUGCAGGUCCCCCUGUCCGAGUGCUUUACCGCCGACAAACAUCGAUGAUGUCAUUGAUAUUCUGGUGGAGAGUGUGAUUAACCUGGAUGAGGAACCACAGGAAUCAAGUCCCAAAUCUUCUCCCCACUCAAAUGUUCAAGCGCUAAGUGAAGGAGCAGACCAGCUCACCAAGUCGAUCCAGCAUCUCAGAGAAGAAGAACAGGAGUUGCUCAGCAAUAUUAGAUCUCUGAGGGAGCAGCAGAGGGAAGUCACACUGUCGGUUCAAGCGCUGGCAGAAGAGAAGCGACAGCUAACGCGUCAGGUUUGGGGACUGAAAGAGGAAAAAGAUGACGUCAGUAAAGCUCUGUCUGGUCUUCAACAAGAGAAGGAGCAUCUCAAGCGUGCAGUGUGUGGACUUAAGGAGCAGCUCAGAAGGUGCACGUCCGAGCUCGAGAUGGAAAGAGAGAAAGUGUUGAGCAGCAAAUCUGAUGAGAUUGACUUUAUUCAAACUCUGCAGGCAGAGAAGGAGCAGCUCAGUCAAACUGUGCUCAGUUUGAAACAGGAAAAAGAUGAGCUUAUGGCUGCCAUUCAAGGCCUGAAAGAAGAACGGCAGCAAUUUAUUGUCGGCGCAGAAGGUCAUGACAGUCUGCUGAAGUCUCUCAGCAGCUUGAAAGAUGAGAGAAAGGAACUUGAAGAUUCAAUCAGCUGCUUAAGAGAAGAGGAAAGACGAGUCAAGGAUGCGGUUGAGGAUUUAAAAGAGCAAAGGAGGAAGCAAAAUGUAAAGCAGAAGAAAUCUCCGCUGUUGACUGCCGACUGUCAGCGUGCUGAACUGCUGAGGGAGCUAGAGGAUGCUACACUGCGAGGUCUCUGCAAGGAAGAGGCUCGCAGCAGUUCAGCAGGAGAGAGAGAAGCUCUGAGUGCAGAGCUGAAGAAGUCCCAGAAGGAACUCGACACCAAACACCAAGAGAUGAAGACACUACAUGGUGAGGUGCAGCGUUUGAUGGUGCAGAGAGUCGAGGCAGAGCGAGCAGCAGGUGAGAACCUGAAGAGAGUCGCCGUUUUAAGCUGCCAGGUGGAAGACAUUAGGAUUGAAAAUGACUCUCUUGCAGCUCAGGUGAAGGAGUUGCGACUGAAAGUAUCCAAGCUACAGGGAGAAAAGGCAGAUGUUUUGACACUACAGGCACAGGUUGAAGAGAAAUACAACAUCACUGCGGCUCAGCUCAAAGCCAAGUCUGGUGCUUUGGACCAACUCAACUCUGAGUACAUGGCUCUGAAGAGUCGAGGCAACCAGGACGAUGUGACCGUUGAGCUUGUCUCUCUUAGAUCACAGCACGACAGCAUCAGGGCAAAGUAUGAUUCUCUUCUGAGAUCAAAGAGUCCCUCUGAUCUGGAUCUUGUUCCAUUAAAGGCCAAGCUGUCCUGUCUGGUGUCCAAAUGUCAAGAGAGGAACAGCGUGUUGGUGCAACUGGUCAAAGCCAUGCGUAAACACGGCUGCUUGGAAGCCUCACUCUCCAAGCAAGUGGACAGGUUGCUGAGUGACGCGGUGCUGGAUGACUAUUCAAAAACAUUAAUCCCAGGAGGCCAUCAGAAAACCCAGAGCCCCUGUGGCAGGGCGACACCAGGACCAACAAGCGUCAACAGGUGUCAGGAAUACACUGGUGAGGUCACCACUGAUCACCUGACGCCUGUUCUCCAGCACGGUGCAACAGAUAUGCCAAGCACGCCAGGAGCUGCUGCUCAAGCUAACAACAGCGAUGUCAAAUCUGUCCUCACCACGACACGGAAGGACAAGGCCAACCACCCUGUGCCAUGCUUGUACAGCAACACCAGCAACAAGGUCCAACCAUCGCCCGACCAAACUGCAGAGCAGGGAUCGAGUGCCAAAAAGGUGCCUUCGUCUCCCAACAAACCAGACAAGUAUCGUCUGGUUCAGAAGGCAGAGUCCACACCAGAUCUGUCCCGCCUGACCUCAGCCAGUUCUUCGCCUCUCGCUGAGCAGUGUCACGACAGCAGCAGCAGGAGGAGGCUGAGCAGCCCGGAGAAAAUCAUCAACCUGCACCAGCAACUGCAGCAGACUCUGUUGAGCAGCUUUCAGGCUCCACGAGGAUUUGGAUGGGAAGAGCAGUGGGACAAAAGUCAGUCUUGUGUGUCCAACAGAGACAGUAAAAGCCUUCCUCCCUCAUUACGUGGCAGUUCAGUAACCAUGGCAACAGAGGAGCCUCCAUCAGCGAAAAGUCCCUCACUUUUUAAAGCGGUGACCUCCAGAUCUGCGAACUUGCCUUUUGGCCCAAACAUGCUGACGAACCAAAGCCUGAGAGCCGUGAAGUCGUCUUGCAUUUUUGGCUCUGCAACGUCGGUCAACGCAAACUCCACGUCGCGCAACAGCACCAAGAUCACAUCUGUAAAGCCCAAGGUGACAACUUUGAGGAUCCCGGACAAGAACGAUAGUCGGCUAACAGAACCAUCAUCUUCUGAUCCGAAGACAAGACCCCAGAAUUCUCCGUCUUUGGACUUCCCUCCCAAAACACCUGCCUCUGGCACUGCCGCCACAAGUCUCCCACUCGCCAGCGACGGUGCCUUUAAAAGCACGACUUCCUUGUUGGAUGAUGCUGCAUCUUCCAGUCUCUCCAGACCCACUUCCUGUACCCGGUCUGAGCACAGCUCGCCUGAGAGGACCUAUUCUAGAGGCUCCCCAGUUCCACCUCCAGAGAAGAUGAAACAGCCAAGACCAAAUCCAGAAGCUCCAUCAGAGGUGUGCUCAGUGAAGGUCAUCAGAAGAGUGGGUCAGUGCAGCCUCAUGAUUGGCUGGGAGAGACCCCCCCUGGACGAGCUGGGCUGCAGUAAUGGCACUUUCGUCUAUGGAUACAGGGUGUUUGUUGACGGGAGCUUCCACAAGUCGGUCCUGAGCUCGGCCUGCACCAAGUGUGUUCUGGAGAACGUCGACGCGAGCGUCCCAGUCAACAUCAGUGUCCAAACACUGGGAGCGAACGGCUUGUGUUCUAACAGAGUGCAGGUUGCGUUUGAGUCUGCAGGCAGCGCAGAGCACUGAGGCAUCACAACCUGGCGUUGAAGAGCUCCGGUAGCUGCAACCAUCUGUAACCUCAGCCAAGGCCAAGUGAAACGUUUACAGUCACACUGCCUGUCCCUCCGCACCACGUGAGCGUGAGGUCAUCGAAUUCCAAAUGAACGGCGGGUGUUCUUACCUUUGACUUGCCACCGAAUCUCAGUGACGAGAAAAGCUGAAACAUUUAACAAGUGGAUACCUGAGUAAGACUGUGGAGACUUUCGGACGCACAACCUCACACAACUCUUUGGACAUCAAAUAAAUGCCUUCUCUUUUCGCGACGCUUUCAGUUGUUGACUGUUUUUUUUUUUUUAACCGCAUUGUUUUACACUACAAGCCAAAUAUGAGAAGAGAUUUACCCCAAAGACUGACUUCUGCUCCUCGUAGGUUUGUACAAAAAACUCCAAACACUGUUUAAGUUUGAGGAUUUUGCACACAAUCAUUUAAAUAUAUAUAUUAAAAAGGAGAAAUUAUCACCAAUAUUUUUAUGUCGAGAAAAAUAUAGAUAUGGUUCACAAUACUUCUGAAUGAUUUAACUUGCGUUCAAUAGAUGUUGAGCACUUGUUUGAUACACCUCAUAUAUACAUUUGUUAUGGUUGUGAAGUCAUAAAUGUGUGGAAAGUAUUUUUCUAACAGCAACAAAAGUUUUCUCACUGAUGUCACUUGACUGUACCAAAAUAAAUGUUGAUAUAUUUAC